CCUCGAACCGUGGGACGUACCUCAUUGUGCCGCCUUCGCCAGCCGGAUUGUGAAGCGCGUUGUGUUGGCGCGGCGCGCUCACUCUACCAGGACCUUUCGCGCUGCUGCGAAGGCUCGUAUCUCCUCGUAGGCACCGUCACUCGAAGCCUCGAAGCUCCACGCCCCGCUAUCCUUCACCCAACGCGCGAAGCUCUCGCCAUGACCCGCGCCUGCUAGGAAUUGCUACAGACCUCCAUGGAAGCACGCACUCGGUGAGAGUAUUUUCGGAAUGGAGGCAGACUGGGACGAGGUCGGCCUCAUACAGCUCCCCCCACCUGGGCCGCAACAUGCACCAUCACCGGUGACGACAUUCACUUUCGAUACCACUCAAGAGCUCCUAUGGACCGGGAAUGACUAUGGGCGCAUUACCUCCUUCUAUGGCUCUAGUCUCGACAGGUACACGUCAUAUCGAGGACACGCUCCAUCCGAAGGUGCUGUUAAACAGAUAUUGCUCACCGAGAACGGCGUAUUGUCUAUUUCGAAGGGAAGCAUACACUUUGCCAUCCGCCGCGGAUUGACACAAUGGCAUCUUGCCGACGACGUCUUCGCGGAUUUACGAUGCAUGAAUUUCACUUCCAAGGGGACUAGAGAAGUGCUUGUAGCAGGAUGCCAGGAUCAUAUGUUCAAAGUGAACGUUGAUAAAGGGAUUAUCGUGGAAACGAUUCCUACCGCGUCAUAUUAUACUAUUAUGAAGAGGACAGGACAGUAUGUUUGCGCGGCAACAGACGGCGGAGAGGUGCAUAUCCUCGACUCAGGAAACUUGAACUUGGUUCACACAUUUAAGGCGCACGCCGGAUCAAUCAAUGAUAUGGACGCGAAAGCCGACUUCCUUGUAACUUGCGGCUGGUCUCCUCGACAGCAGUAUGGCUUCAUGUUAGAUCCGUUCACUAAUGUCUUCUCUUUAAAGACACUGUCCGCACUACCGCCCAUACCUUUCCACACCGGCGCAGCCUUUGUCAGAAUGCAUCCUCGAAUGUCCACGACAAGUAUCAUUGCGUCUCAGAACGGUCAGAUGCAAGUAAUCGAUCUCAUGAACCCUGAUACAGCCAACCUCCGUCAAGUAAAUCUCUAUGACGCGUUUUUGACGGGAUUCGAGAUCGCGCCCUCUGGGGAAGCAUUUGCAAUGGCAAGCAACACCUGUAACGUCCAUCUUUGGGGGUCUCCUUCCAAGAUACAUUUCCCAGAAUACACCAAUCCCACGGAAUUUGCGGAUCAACCUGUCCCACCACCUUCCAUGGACUGGUCUAUUGAUACACCACUGAGCACAGUUGGAAUGCCCCCCUACAAAGAGCCGCUGCUGUCUGCUUGGCCGAGUCACAUGGUCUUCGAGGUUGGCGCCCCACCUCCGAAGCCUGACCCCGUGGUACAGAACAACAUGGUGAAAUCAGAGAUGGGCUUCUGGGCGCGUAAUCCCAAUACUAAACGUAGAAACCAGAUUGAGGAUACCCGUCUUCCUGAUCGGAUCAACGAAUCUCUCAACGCCCCCAAAUUUCUCAGCGAGAAGGCACGAUCAGCUCAAUCGGCCAGCGACGUGAAUUUAAAAGCUCGAGAAACUAUGGAGACCUUAACGGACAUGCACCUGGACGACGUGACGCGGAAAGAUGUCCCUGCCAUGUAUGGUAACGUGGAAAUCAAAUACAGCAAGUAUGGAGUCGAUGAUUUUGAUUUCGCUUUCUAUAACCAAACCACGUUCUCGGGACUAGAAACUCACAUAGCAAACUCAUACGCCAAUCCACUACUUCAGCUGUGCCGGUUCACCCCUUGGAUACGAAAUCUCGCUCUUUACCAUACUGCUUCAUCAUGUCUUUAUGAGACAUGUCUUCUCUGCGAACUCGGGUUCCUGGUCGACAUGCUCGAAAAAGCUAACGGGGUGAAUUGUCAAGCGUCUAACUUCUUAAAGACUUUCAGCAGCCUCUCGAAUGCAGCGUCACUGAAUGUGCUUGAGGAAUUGUCUCCAAACGUUGCCCUAACCACCAUGAUUCAGAACUUCAACCGGUUCUUGUUUCACAAGAUUUCAGAGGAGUUUCGUAGGAUGGGUCCGUAUCCCUCUGAUCGAUCCCCACUGGAUGAGGCCCUUGAAACACAGGCCUGGGCCAGCAUGCGAUGCGGAGUCUGCCGAAAUGAGAUCCUGACAGACGGGAAAACAUUCGUAAACGAAUUGAUAUAUCCACCGAAGCAUACGGCCAAACUAAGGCCUCCACCAACAUUCUCACAAAUCCUAAAAGCGAGUGUCGAGAGGCAGGACCAACCACGAGGGUGGUGUCCCAAGUGCAGACGGUAUACGCAAAUGAACCAGAAGAAGACCAUACAGUCGGUUCCGGAUGUCUUGAUGCUUAACGCAGCGAUCCAAAGCCACGAAGCUAAGCAACUGUGGGCGACUCCAAAUUGGCUGCCUACGGAAAUCGGCAUUAUCGUCGAGCAAGGCAAUUUCUUUUGCUACGAAGGGAUUGAUAUCAAUCAACACCUCCAGCGAGGGGUUUACAAAAUGGAGAUAUACGAGCUCAUUGGUGUUGUAGCAGAUAUCAACAGCGGUGAACAUCAGAAGCCCCAUCUUGUUUCCAUGAUCAACACCAGCAUAUCUUCUCCGGAACCUUCGUCAGCGGAAAAAUGGUACCUAUUCAAUGACUUCCUCGUCCGCCCAAUUCCAAAAGACGAAGCAUUACGGUUCGAGCCGACUUGGAAAUUGCCUGCUGUGCUCACCUAUCAGAAGAAAAGUGCCAGACACAUGAUCGACAACACGUGGAAAGAGAAUUUGGAUACACAGGUUCUGUUCCGCUGGUGGUCUACCCAACCAGAGCCUCCCGAAGACCGCUUCAAGCUCCUAGAUCCGUACACCGAAAUGCCAUACUCGGGCUUUCCCGUCGCAAUCGACGCCGAAUUCAUCCGCCUCCAAUCGGAAGAGAUCGAAAUGAGCGCAGACGGCACGCGCGAAGUCAUCCGCCCCGAUCGCAAAGGCCUGGGCCGCGUGUCCGUGUGCCGGGGCUCGGGCGAGCUCGCGCGCCUCCCGUUCAUCGACGACUACAUCGCCGUGACAGAGCCCAUCGUCGACUACCUGACGGUGUGGUCGGGCAUCAACCCGGGCGACCUCGACCGCUCGACGUCGCCACACUCGCCCAUCGGGCUGAAGCUCGCGUACAAGAAGCUCUGGCUGCUGCUGAACAAGGGCUGCGUCUUCGUCGGCCACAGCCUCGCCAACGACUUCCGCACCAUCAACAUGCACGUGCCGAAGCGGCAGGUCGUCGACACGGUCGACCUCUUCUUCAAGCCCUCGCUCCACCGCAAGCUCAACCUCAAGUUCCUGGCCUGGUGUGUGCUGAAGGAGAAGAUCCAGCAGAGCAACCACGACAGCAUUGAGGACGCGACGACGGCGCUGAAGCUGUGGCGCAAGCACCAGGAGUUUGUGGAUGCCGGCGUGCUGGAGCAGAUGCUCAAUGAUAUAUACUCGAUUGGGCGCGAUGUGGGCUUCAGGGCUCCCGGGAGUGAGGGCGUGAGGCCGAGCACCGCGGGGGGGCGCAGCGAUACGCCGGAGCCGGGGCAGAGGAGCGACACGCCGAGUUCGGGGCCGACGCCGCGCAAGACGGGGUUUGGCAGGGGGUUGGCGAUUGGGAGUCCGAGUCCGAUGAAGUAGGGUGCGUUGGAUGGGGUCAUUACCAGCUUAGCUGUGGAGGGCGGGGAGGAAUAAGGGGUUGUUGAAACGAGCGGAAUGGACCGCUGUAUGUAUAGAGGUGGCGAGAGCAAGGCAUCGAGGUGCUGGCGCUCGCUGCGGGGAUGGCGGAGAUGUAUGAGCGAGAUAUGGGCUAGAGGACAGGUAUUGGGGGGGAAGGAAGAUUUCACGCCGUGUUGCAUACUCUCUGGUACUCCCUUUCGCCUGUGCUCGAUGGCGCAAAAGGAAUGAGGAGUGGAUUAGGGCAGCGUGAAGCACUCGCAGGAAUGAAUACUCUAGACUCCUUGCAUACCAAGCAAAAUGCUCUCCUUAACUAAGACAC